CAGACCGGAAGUGGAUUUGUGGGAUAAACGAACCGAUAUUUCGUCGAAUUUGCCAAUCGAAAACGAAUUUGCAAUUUUAAUAGUCCCUGUCACAAUGAAUAAAAGUUAAAAUUUAUUAUCGUUUUACAUUUCUCAGAAAUUUAUGUACGCAUUUAUAACAGAUUAAGAUAAAAGAUAAAAAAUAACCUAAACAGGAAGACCUGGUUGUUUUGUUGUCUUAAAAUAAAUAACAACAAUGAGUCGAAACCAGGCCAAGAAGGACACGAAGAUGCGCAUAAGAGCUUUUCCAAUGACAAUGGAUGAAAAAUAUGUGGAGAAUAUUUGGGCCUUGUUAAAGAAUGCCAUUCAAGAAAUACAGAAGAAGAACAACAGUGGUUUGAGUUUUGAGGAGCUUUAUCGUAAUGCUUAUACGAUGGUUCUGCAUAAACAUGGAGAGAAAUUGUACUCAGGACUUCAGGAAGUUGUCACAGAACACUUGGUCAAAAAGGUGCAGAAAGAUGUGCUCCACGCAUUGAACAAUAAUUUCCUGCUGACACUGAACAGUGCCUGGUCGGACCACCAGACCUCCAUGGUCAUGAUACGAGAUAUCCUCAUGUACAUGGACCGUGUAUAUGUUCAACAGAACAACGUAGACAAUGUGUAUAACCUGGGUUUGAAGAUUUUCCGUGAUGAAGUCGUGCGGUUUCAGUCCAUCAAUGAGCAUCUUAGGAACACAUUGCUGGACAUGGUUGCUAAGGAACGAAAGGGGGAGGUUGUAGACAGAGGGGCGGUGAAGAAUGCUUGUCAGAUGUUGAUGAUACUUGGUAUAGAGACAAGGCAGGUGUAUUCAGAAGAUUUUGAACAGCCCUUCCUCGUAGAGUCCAGAGAGUUUUAUAUGGCUGAAAGUCAGAAUUUCCUAGCAGAGAACAGUGCUUCAAUGUACAUCAAGAAGGUGGAGGCUCGUAUCAACGAGGAGGCAGAGAGGGCCACACACUACCUGGACAAGUCCACCGAGGAGAGGAUAGUGAAGGUCCUAGAGGAGGAGCUCAUCAGCAAACACAUGAAGACCAUCGUAGAGAUGGAAAACUCUGGUGUUGUACAUAUGCUCAAAAACAACAAAACAGAUGAUCUACAGUGCAUGUACAAGCUGCUGAAGCGAGUGGACAAUGGCCUGAAGACCAUGUGUGGCUGUAUCAGCGGUUACCUGAGGGAGCAGGGCAAGGCUCUGGUGGCAGAGGAGGGGGAGGACUCCAAGAAUGCUAUCACCUAUGUUCAGAAUUUGUUGGACUUGAAAGACAGAUUCGAUCACUUCCUCCAUGAAUCAUUUAGUAAUGAAAAUUUAUUUAAAAAGACAAUAUCAAGUGACUUUGAACACUUUAUAAACCUGAACUCCAAGUCGCCAGAAUACCUGUCACUGUUUAUAGAUGAUAAGUUGAAAAAAGGAGUGAAAGGGAUGACAGAGCAGGAGAUAGAGACGGUACUGGACAAGUCCAUGGUGCUGUUCCGGUUCCUGCAGGAAAAGGAUGUGUUUGAGCGCUACUACAAGCAGCACCUGGCCCGCCGGCUCCUGCUCAACAAGUCUGUGUCCGACGACUCCGAGAAGAACAUGAUCUCAAAACUCAAGACGGAGUGUGGCUGUCAGUUCACAUCCAAGCUGGAGGGUAUGUUCAAGGACAUGACGGUCUCCAACAGCUACAUGGAGGAGUUCAAGGGAUUCAUCAAUCAGGCUAAUCUGAACCAGCAUGGCGUGGACCUGACUGUGCGAGUGUUGACCACAGGUUACUGGCCCACCCAGUCCUCCACACCCAACUGCAACAUACCCCAGGCACCCAGGCUGGCCUUUGAACAGUUCAGAAAGUUUUACCUGAACAAGCACAGUGGUCGCCAGUUGACCCUGCAGCCUCAGCUGGGCUCAGCAGACCUGCACGCUCAGUUCUUCGGACUCAAAAAGGAGGACUCGAGUGACAGUGUUGGGGCCAGCUCCUCCAAGGGGCCUCGCAAGCACAUCAUUCAGGUGUCCACGUACCAGAUGUGUGUGCUCAUGCUGUUCAACAACAGGGAGAAGUGGACCUAUGAGGAGAUCCGCAGUGAGACAGAUAUCCCUGAGAAGGACUUGAUGCGGGCCAUCCAGUCCCUGGCGGUGGGCAAACUGGCCCAGAGGAUUCUGCACAAGGAACCCAAGAACAAGGAAAUAGAACCGAGUCAUUUUUUCACAGUAAACGAUCAGUUCACAUCCAAGCUGUUCAGAGUGAAGAUCCAAACAGUUGCGGCCAGUAAGGGUGAGGCAGAACCAGAGAGGAAGGAGACGAGAACAAAGGUGGACGAGGACCGCAAACAUGAGAUUGAGGCAGCCAUUGUGAGAAUCAUGAAGUCCAGGAAGACCUUAAUGCACAACCAGCUAGUGACUGAGUGUACAGAGCAGCUGAAGAGCAGAUUUUUGCCAAGUCCUGUGGUGAUUAAGAAGAGAAUAGAGGGGCUUAUAGAGCGUGAAUAUCUAGCCCGAACUCCUGAAGAUAGGAAAAAGUACACAUAUGUAGCUUAAGAGUGCAUCUGACUUUGGAGUAGUGGCUGAAAAGUGUGUGACCUUGGUAGUCAAAGCAAUGACCCUCACCCUGAAAACUGCUGUCUUGUGAUAUUUCAUUUCUUCAUGGAUAUUGAUUACCAGACCCAGCACGCAGAAUGAGGGGCUGGAUGUAUUUGUUUUGAUGUCUUGGAGACUAAGUGUAACUAGGUGAAUAUGCCUACCAUUUUUGGUGAACAGAUCGACAAUGUUUAUGUUAAGCACUGAUAAACGGGGGUUAAAUAUUUACUGACUUUGUCUUGUGUAGACAUUGUCAUGCUAUUUAGAUAUAAACUAGGACAUGCGUUCAUGUGGUACUUUUGGUGGUACCCGGUGGAUGUGAAUGGUAGAAUUUUCUUCUCUUGGUUUCAAAAUGUUCUGUUUUUAAUGUGCAAGAUUAGUAUUUAAUUUACUUUUUUGGUUUGCAAAUUUCUCUCUUAAGAUUAAACCAUUAAUGUAAACAUGGCAAUGUGUAAAUUUGAGUUUUUUCUAAUUACAAUGCGGCGUGAAUGCCUUGGUAUUAAACGGUCUUUUUCGCAUUUACAGAAGGUAUUUUUGUUUGCAUAAUAGGUCAGAAAUCUUUUGAUAUGUGUUAAUGUACCUGUCUGCAUGAUUUGUUAAUAUGUUGUUAAUGAAACAGAGAGCCUGGCAUCAUUUUCAAACAUCAACUUAAAACUCAAUCUCAUUAACAGGGUCUCUAGUCUUUUGUCAUCAGCUGCAUGGUUGCUUUUUUCAUUAAUCAACAUAUUCAGAUAACUUUCCGCUGCCAAUCUAAUAGUUGACUUCAAUCGUUAGAGUAUAAACUAUAAAAAUCACAUACUAUUUUGAUUGUUAUAUAUGUGAAAAUUAAUUAAACAAGUCAAAUUUUUCUAUAUCAGUUGGAAAAGAAUCACUUUUUCAAAACCAGUUGUGUAAAAAGACGUUCUGUUUAAUCCAGCAGGAUAGAUAUUUGUAUACGUUUGAAUGUCAUUUGAAUAUUAUGUGUUUAGAUUUUUUUUAAAGGUAAGGUGAUAAAGAUAAAAUAGUACUGCUUUAAAUUAACUUUUUAAGUAAAUGUGUACUUUUGUGUAUCAAUAACAUUACUGGUGAAUAAGAAUAGAAGUUUUACAUACAAUUUUUAUCAAAUGUCUGAUAGCUCAAAACUUUAGAGGCAUGUAUAGAUUUUCAUAUGCAAUGUGUUAUGCAUACGAGUUAAAAAAAGUUCUGUAUCAGACAUCUUUUUACCUGCAUAGGGGUCACUGGUAUAUGUCCAUUUAUUCAGUACAGUCAUUUCCCAGUCCAUUCUAUCUUGCUUCAUUGUUAAAUUAGGUAUUUAUUUGUCUAAUCUGGACCAGGGUUUUAAUAAAUUUGGCAUUUUGGGCUUCAGUUUGCAGUGAUUAUCUAUAAUUUAAAUUUAAUGGUGUUUUAUUUCUAAAAAAGCAUAAACAAUCAAUAUUUAAGGAUAGGGAGAUUUUUGUACUACAAUCCCUUGUGGAACUGAACUAAUUUCAUUAAGCAUAGCUUUUGUAAAUUCCCUCUAAAUGGGAAUUAUGUUCAUUUUACUUACAUUUUAUCUUUGGUAAUGGGUAAUAGGAAAAAAAGUAUUGUGUGUAUCACCACACAUCUUUGGUGUUAAGCACCAAGAUGAAUAAAUAAUAUAUAUUUUACCAGUGUCAUGUACCUUCUUUUGUCCUUCAUUUGUCUUGCAGUAGUCCAUAUUUUAGGCACCAUUAUGCAUAUCACAUUUGAUGAAGAUAUUUUUUCAAUAACAAAUAUAACUAAAAUAUACUUGAUUGUUCUGUACAUGUCUAGAGUGUUGAGACCUCGACAAUCUUGAUUGAUGGAUUUAUUCUUAAAAGCAAAAAGUAAUGUAAACCAGCUCCUUACUGCAUUUUGCAUUAAUUGGUAUCACAUAAUGAAUUUGUGAUUCAGAAUAGCAAGUAAAGUUUAAAUUUAAAUAGACAGCUAUCAGUUGACAGUAAUAGAAACUUGUUCAUUUAAGUUGUGACAACAGUAAACAGUUAUUUUAAAUGCAGUUUAUCAUAGCUGCAAAAGCCCAUAAAUUUGAAGUCAGUUCCAAUAUACUAUAAUAUCCCUUUGACUGCAUCGGAAUGGUGGGGAGAUAAGCUUAUAUUUUUUUAUCUGGAGAUAAAUAACCAAAAACAAUAUGAAUGAUUGUUGAAGUAUUAAAAUUGAAAAUCAAAAUAAUGCAAAACAUAUUUGAACUUAACACCGCAAUAAUACCUAGCUUGCAGAGCGUAUUUUGUUAAUACUGUUUUGUUUCAGUUUUUUAAUUUAAACUUCUUUUGACAUGCUAUGGAAAUCGCUUUCAUUGCUUAUGUAAGAAAUUGCCCUCUUUGAUCCUGUCGUCUUUUUGGUUCUUCACUAUGUUUUUUUUGUUCAUUGUUCUGAAGUAUUGUUUGAUGUCUGCAUUAGAUGCUUUGCGUAAACAACAUGUCUUACAUGUUUGUUUAAUGUUUUCUGAUGAAAUGGUGCACAAAUGGACGUUUGCACUAGUUCUUUAUGUUAUUUAAAUGUGAUUUGUGUAAAUACUAUUCUUUAUUGUGUUAAGGGAUACAUUCAUUGCAAUCCUAUUAAAUUUUGAAAAAUG